AUGUCCAAAGUUAUCACCGUAGUCGGCGCAACAGGGACCCAAGGUGGCUCCGUGGUAACCGCCCUCCACGACCUUGUUGACCGAACGUACAUCGUCCGCGCAAUAACCCGCAAUCCCUCCAGCGCCGCAGCCCAAACCCUUCUCGACAAAAAUAUUGAAGUCAUAGAAGCAGACCUGCACGAUCUUUCAUCACUGAUAUCCGCUUUCAAAGGAAGCUACGCGGUCUUUGCCGUCACGAAUUUCUUCGAAAACCUCCCCACUCAUGGCAUCGAGGGCGCGAUGGAGCUGGAAACGAACGCCGGGAUUAAUCUUGCAAAGGCUGCUGCUGCAACUGAGACACUGAAGCAUUAUGUAUGGUCAACGCUGCCAGAUUCGAAGACGAACUCGGAGGGACGGAUCGCCGUGCCGUACUAUGAAAGUAAGAACGCCGUCGACCGGUAUAUACGCUCUGUUCCGGAGCUGUUGCAGAAGACGACGUUCGUCUGGCUUGGGUGGGUUUGCGCCUUUGGUGGGAUUGGGGUAAGGAACUACGUGACUUUUCUGGGCGUGGACCCGGCAACGAAAGUUCCUCUUCUGGGCGACGAGAAGGUGAAUUCUGGGUUAUUUGUCAAGGCAAUUCUUGACCAGCCGGAGAAGACGCUGUCAGGAAAGACUGUUUCUGCUGUGCUCGAGCAGCGGUCUAUUGGUGACGUAGUGGAGGCGUUUGGAAAGGCAAAGGGAGUGCAGGCGAGGUGUGUGAAGAUUGAUAGGGAAGUGUAUAGGGUGCUGUGGCCGGUAUGGGGGGAUGUCCUCGAUAUUUCACAUGCUUAUCUUGAGGAUGCUGGCGGGAAGGCGUUUAGUGCUAAGGAUGAAGAAGUGCUGACAAAGGAGGAUUUGGGAGUGGAUGGGCUGGCGGGGAUUGAGGAGGCGUUUGAGAAGGUGCCCUUGCUUGGCUAA